GCUCCUAUCUAUCUAUGCAGGUCGUACGUCUUGAGACAGCUCAAUGUCAACCUUGUUACUCCAAGACAGAAGUUUUAACCAUUCAUAAAAUAGAAGAAUAUCUUACACAGAUUCCCGGGUGGCAGUUGGAUACGAGUAAACAAGACAGUCCUAGAUUACGGAGAACUUUCACUGGAAAAGAUUUCAACCACUGUGUCGACAUGGUUUGUAAGAUACGAAACGUUGCUCAAAAAGAAAACCAUCAUCCAGAAAUCCACUUGACAAGUUUCAACCGUUUGGAAGUGGUUAUUCAAACCUUUGCAGUUAAUAACUUAACUAUAAAUGACUUUAUCCUCGCAGCCAAAAUAACUACUUGUCUUUCUACCUAGAGGAUAUUUCAAGUUGGAUGUAAAGGAGCUAUUUAAGUACAAUACUAUUCCAUCUCAUAAGAUAUCCAUAGCUAGAAAGAUCUCGUUGACAA